CCAAACGAUUCACCUGAACUGUGGGAAAAGAGAAAGAGUUCAUUUAUAGUGGAUUUGUGUUUGCAAGCUGCUGUCUGUCAGAAAGAGACCAUAGAGACAACUGUGAAGAUGCUGCUGUCAUCUGUCAAUUAUGAUCAUUGUGAUUUUCUGCUGUUUCUGUGCUCACAUGUGAAGAACUAUGAGAGUCAAAAACGCAGGAGUCUCCUACCAGCAUUACAGUCAAUUUAUCAGUCAUCUCCUGCAGUCUGGAUCAUAAACCUGUCAAAGAGAAAGACCUCCAUCCUCCUAGAAGUGCUGAAACUCCAAACAGAGAAGAAACCAGUAGAGCUGAUAGACUGGACAGAUGAUGAGAGUGAAGUGAGAGGAUUCAUCCAGUGUCUGCCAUACAUCUCACAACUGAGAUUUACUGAUGAUUUCUAUGAGAAGAGAGAAUCUGCUGUUAGGUUUCUGGUGAAUCUGUUCACUGCAGCAUCAGAGUUUGACACAAAUACAGGAGAAAAAUACACUGAACUAUUAACAUCUGUGUGCUGCUACACAACUUUCCCCUGUGAUGAUGAUUAUGAAGAUGAUUUUGAUUAUCAGUAUUAUCAAUCUGGUUUUCUGCUGGAUCUGUACUCACAUGUGAAGGACUAUGAGAGUCAAACAGGCAGGAGUCUCCUACCAGCAUUACAGUCAAUUUAUCAGUCAGCUGCAGUCUGGACCAUAAACCUCUCAGAGACAAAGACCUCCAUCCUCCUAGAAGUGCUGAAACUCCAAACAGAGAAGAAACCAGUAGAGCUGAUAGACUGGACAGAUGAUGAGAGUGAAGUGAGAGGAUUCAUUCAGUGUCUGCCAUACAUCUCACAACUGAGAUAUGAUCCAUAUUUUUGGGAGAAGGAGCCUGAAAAGUAUUUACAGUUCCUCGUGAAUCUGUUCACUGCAGCAUCAGAUUGUGAAACAGAUACAGGAAUAAAUUACACUGAACUUUUAACAUCUGUGUGCAGCUACACAACUUUCCCCUGUGAGGAGAGAAACUUUCAUGGUUUUCAGUUUAACAUUAUUCAAUCUGGUUUCUUGCUGGAUCUGUACUCACAUGUGAAGGACUAUGAGAGUCAAACAGGCAGCAGUGUCCUACCAGCAUUACAGUCAAUUUAUCAGUCAUCUCCUGCAGUCUGGAUCAUAAACCUCUCAGAGAGAAAGACCUCCAUCCUCCUAGAAGUGCUGAAACUCCAAACAGAGAAGAAACCAGUAGAGCUGAAAGACUGCACAGAUGAUGAGAGUGAAGUGAGAGGAUUCAUUCAGUGUCUGCCAUACAUCUCACAACUGAGGUUUUGUCCCUCUUUAUGUAAUAAAGAUUCAAAAAAAAUUAUCCAAUUCCUCGUGGAUCUGUUUGCUUCAGCAUCAGAGUGUGAAACAGAUACAAGAGAGAAUUACAUGAAACUAUUAACAUCAGUGUGUAGCUACACAACUUUCCCCUGUGAGAACAAUUACAGUGAUAAUCAACGAUGUGACUUUCUGCUGGAUCUGUGUUCACAUGUGAAGGACUAUGAGAGACAAACAGGCAGAAGUCUCCUACCAGCAUUACAGUCAAUUAAUCAGUCAUCUCCUGCAGUCUGGAUCAUAAACCUCUCAGAGAGAAAGACCUCCAUCCUCCUAGAAGUGCUGAAACUCCAAACAGAGAAGAAACCAGUAGAGCUGAUAGACUGGACAGAUGAAGAGAGUGAAGUGAGAGGAUUCAUUCAGUGUCUGCCAUACAUUUCACAACUGAGAUUUAUUAAACCACCAAAUGAAUCAUAUGAACUGUGGGAAAAAAGAAUGAGAUUAUUUAUACUGGAUUUAUGUCUUCAAACUGCUGUCUGUCAGAAAGAGACCAUAGAGACAACUGUGAAGAUGCUGCUGUCAUCUGUGUAUUAUGAGCAAUGUGAUUUUCUGCUGGAUCUGUACUCGCAUUUGAAGGACUAUGAGACUCAAACAGGCAGCAGUGUCCUACCAGCAUUACAGUCAAUUUAUCAGUCACCUGCAGUCUGGAUCAUAAACCUCUCAGAGAGAAAGACCUCCAUCCUCCUAGAAGUGCUGAAACUCCAAACAGAGAAGAAACCAGUAAAGAUAAAAGACUGCACAGAUGAUGAGAGUGAAGUGAGAGGAUUCAUCCAGUGUCUGCCGUACAUCUCACAACUGAGAUUUACUGAGGUUUUCUUUGAGAAGAGAGAAUCUAUUGUUCAGUUUCUGAUGAAUCUGUUCACCGCAGCAUCAGAGUUUGACACAAAUACCGAAGAAAAAUACACUGAACUAUUAACAUCUGUGUGCAACUACAAAUAUUUCCCCUGUGAUGAUUAUGAUUAUGAUUAUGAUUAUGAUUCUGAUUAUCAGUAUUAUCUAUCUGGCUUUCUGCUGGAUCUGUGCUCACAUGUGAAGGACUAUGAGAGUCAAACACGCAGGAGUGUCCUACCAGCAUUACAGUUAAUUUAUCAGUCACCUGCAGUCUGGAUCAUAAACCUCUCAGAGAGAAAGACCUCCAUCCUCCUAGAAGUGCUGAAACUCCAAACAGAGAAGAAACCAGUAGAGCUGAGAGACUGGACAGAUGAUGAGAAUGAAGUGAGAGGAUUCAUUCAGUGUCUGCCAUACAUCUCACAACUGAGAUUUACUGAGGUUUUCUUUGAGAAGAGAGAAUCUGCUGUUCAGUUUCUGGUGAAUCUGUUCACUGCAGCAUCAGCGUUUGACACAAAUACAGAAGAAAAAUACACUGAACUAUUAAUAACUGUGUGCAGCUACAUAACUUUUCCUUUUGAUGAAUAUUAUGAUGAUUUUGAGGAUCAGAUUUUACAAUGUAAUUUCCUGCUUGAUCUGUACUCACAUGUGAAGGACUAUGAGAGUCAAACAGGCAGGAGUGUCCUACCAGCAUUACAGUCAAUUUAUCAGUCAUCUCCUGCAGUCUGGACCAUAAACCUAUCAGAGAGAAAGACCUCCAUCCUCCUAGAAGUGCUGAAACUCCAAACAGAGAAGAAACCAGUAGAGCUGAUAGACUGCACAGAUGAUGAGAGUGAAGUGAGAGGAUUCAUCCAGUGUCUGCCAUACAUCUCACAACUGAGAUUUAAUCAAUUUUCCUGUCAGCGUGAGCCUGAAAAGUGUUUCCAGUUCCUUGUGAAUCUGUUCACAGCAGCAUCAGAUUGUGAAACAGAUACAGAAAUAAAUUACACUGAACUAUUAACAUCUGUGUGCAGCUACACAUCUUUCCCCUAUGAUGAGAGAAACUUUCAUGGUUUUCAGUUUCAUCCGGUUCAAUCUGGUUUCCUGCUGGAUCUGUACUUGCAUGCAAAGAACUAUGAGACUCAAACAGGCAGCAGUGUCCUACCAGCAUUACAGUCAAUUUAUCAGUCAUCUCCUGCAAUCUGGACCAUAAACCUCUCAGAGAGAAAGACCUCCAUCCUCCUAGAAGUGUUGAAACUCCAAACAGAGAAGAAACCAGUAGAGCUGAUAGACUGGACAGAUGAUGAGAGUGAAGUGAGAGGAUUCAUCCAGUGUCUGCCAUACAUCUCACUGCUGAGGAAUGCUGAGCUUUGUAUCCCAUCAGUGUGUAAAGUGUUUGGUCCUAAAGUGAAUAGAGAUGAGGUGACUCCUCUGCUUCAGGCUCUGGGGUUUACAGUCACUCUGAGUGAAAAAUUACCCAGCAGCACCUGCAGAUGUGUGGGGAGAGUGUUGAGUCUCUCAUCCUCAAAACUAAACCUGACUCUAAAGCCACAAGCAAUCUCUAUCAGAGGUGUUAGACGACUCUUCAGACACAUCACACACCUACAGAAACUCAGUCUUGAAGACAGAAUGGUGAUGAUGAUGAUCAAAGCACUGAGAUCAUUUAAUGGUCGUUCUUCACUGAUCAUAGAGGAACUUUCAUUGAUCACAAAAGACUCAAAACAAAAUCACUGUAGGAUUGUGAGCAGCUUAACUUCUCUCCUGAGACGACUGUCCGUCCAACGUCUGGAUCUUACUGAAUGUAAAAUAGAUGCUGUGUCUGUCACUGCCAUGUUGUGUCUUCAGGGACUCCAGACUAUCAGGUUGUCUAAAGAGACUCUUCAGCAGCUGGUUUCAGUGGUGUACGAAGCACAGGAUGAUGAACUGACGCGCUGCUUUUUAAAGAAGGCAUCUGUCAAUCUGACUUCAUGCUCACUGACCUGGGAAGUGAUUCAAUAUCUGCUGCAACAUCAAACUUUAGAUUUGGACUUUAGGAAAAGCAAAAUCUCUUGUGAAAACAUCAGAGAACUUCUGCCUCAGUUAAGCAGAAUCCAGCUAAAAAGGAUGACCCCCAGUUUCAUUCUGUCCAUCAUUAUGGAGAUUUAUGCGAGUCGCUCUCCUCAGUUUGUGUCCGGUCUGUUGAGUUCAGCUGAGAAUGACAUCAACCUGAAGAACAAAGUGUUGAAUUCAGAUCAGUGUUCAGCUCUGUGCUUCACUCUCCAGCACUGUAACACUGUCAAACUCAAUCUGUUCUGGACCUCCAUACCAGAGGAGGAGCUAAAGAGACUUCUGCCCUUACUCAACAGAGUCACACAACUCAGUGUUGACAGACAGCUGUUACUGAAGCUGCUUCAUUGCUGCAGUUCCUCUGAUGACCAACAGGAGGCAGCAAAUCUUCUGCUCUCUGCUCUUCAGUACAGACUGGAUUUCUCAUCCUGCUCAAUUCUGGACCUCACAGUCACAGAGAACCAUUUGAACCUGACGAUAAAAGACUGUAGCGUAAUCGCAUCUGUGCUUCAGAAAUCUCAAAGUGUUGUGAAGUUGGUUUUAGAGGACUGUAAGGUCUCUGAUUCAGCCCUAAAACAAUUUCUGCCAAUUCUGUCUCAGGUUCAGCUCAGUUGUAAAGCUCUUCUGCUGCAAUUUAUAGCUUGUAUUAUUGAAGAUGCAGAGAAAGGAUCUUUGAGGUGGGUUCAGGCUCUUUGUCAAGCUUUAGGAGGUGAGGUGGACCUCAGUCACACUCAGAUGGAUCAGAGAUCUUGUGAACAGCUGUCAGUGUUUCUGGAAUAUUCUGAUGGAUUGACAGAACUGGACCUCAGUCACUGCAGACUCACUGAUCAAUACAUGAAUCCACUCUUACCACACCUGCACAAGACUCAAACUCUAGAUCUGAGUCACAACAAUAUUACUGAUGAACUAGCAAAGAAAAUACACAGCGUUGUUUCCACUCACGACAAUAUUCAGACAGUACGACUCUUUGGAAACAACAUCCGAGACAAAAAGCAGUUUACCAGAAACGAGCGAUUUGAAAUCUGGUAAAGACACCGGAGUGUAACUCGACUUGCCAUUAAUGAAAAUGAACAUUUAAACUUUUACCUCUGCACGAAACUUAAAUAUUAAAGAAAAUUAAUAUUAAAGAUGCAAUCAGCAACUGUGUUUUGGUAAAAAUUAAACAGUGUUAUUAAGGAAGUACAGGAAAUAAUAAACGGUCUCCUUAUCUUAAUCCAAUUCAUAAUGUAAAUAUUGUAAUUAUUUAUAAUUUGAGUUGGCGUCCGUUACGCAUUUAAAGAUGUGUAAAGUAACCUUAUAUUUUAUGUUUAAAACAUAGAUGGGGAUUGAAAGAACGAUUUUAUAUUUUAAAUGACAGUAAUGAACUACAUUUGUACAUAGACA